CUGCUUGCCUUCCCAGCACUCCAUGGGUUAAUCGACAUGGCUAUGAAAGAGACCAUUCUUCCCAUAAGCGAGAUGUCCUUUCCCUUUCCAGAUGUGGUGGAACUGAAUGUAGGAGGACAAGUCUACAUGACCAAACAUUCCACUCUCACCAGCAUUCCAGAGAGCACCUUGCACAGCAUGUUUUCCAGGAACAAUGUGAAAGAUCUACCCAGGGACAACAGAUCCAGGUUCUUUAUUGACCGUGAUGGAUUCCUCUUCAGGUAUGUUCUGGACUAUCUCAGAGACAAGCAAUUGUCCCUACCAGAUCACUUUCCCGAAAAGGAAAGGCUGUUGAGAGAGGCUGAAUACUUCCAGCUGACCGACCUGGUGAAGAUGCUCUCACCAAAGGUGACCAAACAAAGCUCUAUGAACGAUGAAGGCUGCCAGAGUGAUAUAGAAGAAAAUUCCCAGAGCAGUGACCUGAUUAGGACUGCAGCUCUAGAUAAGAAAUCUGGAUUCAUCACCAUAGGUUACAGGGGCUCCUACACAAUGGUCAGAGAUAACCAAGCUGAUGCCAAAUUCAGGAGAGUUGCCAGGAUUAUGGUUUGUGGUCGGAUAGCGUUAGCCAAAGAAGUUUUUGGAGAAACUUUAAAUGAAAGCAGAGACCCUGAUCGUCCUCCAGAAAAGUACACUUCUAGAUUUUACCUGAAGUUCACCUAUCUAGAGCAGGCUUUUGAUAGGCUCUCUGAAGCUGGAUUCCACAUGGUGGCUUGCAAUUCAACUGGGACAGCUGCAUUCGUUAAUCAGUACAGGGAUGACAAGAUCUGGAGCAGUUACACUGAGUACAUCUUUUUCAGAAGCCCACAGAAAAUAGUAUCACCAAAACAAGGCUGUGAAGAAAGCAAGCACGACAAAGCAGUAGAUAAAGGUAGUGAAAGCGGAACAUCCUGUAAUGAACUUUCAUCGUCAAGCUGUGAUAGUCAUUCUGAAGCCAGCACACCUCAAGAAAAAGAACUCCAACCAUCAAUUCCCCGCCAGCCAAACACCUUAACUUUGGAUCGACCUUCCAAGAAAAAUCAAGUCCAAUGGGUGCAACCACAAGAUAAACGUAGGAAUAGUGAGCUCUUUCAAACACUGAUUAGUAAGUCUCGGGACACUAAUCUUUCUAAAAGAAAGGUCUGCGAGAAGCCCAGUGUUGAAGAGGAAAUGCAAAAAUGUAUACAGGAAUUUAAAAAGAUUAAAAUACCAGAUUAUUUUCCAGAAAAAAAGCGUGCCUGGCAGAUGGAAUUAUUAAAAAAAUAUGAUGUAUAAAAAUGAGAAAAUACAGAUGCAUCUUGUGUAUAAUUGCUGUGUAGAACACCGUACAAAAACACUGAUUUGAACUUAACACAGACAUGGAUUAGGAAUCCAUCUUUUGCUUUUUAGCAGCUGAGACAAAUCUGAUAUUAAAAAUUGUGAAUUUUGCCCAUAAAUAUUUAGGAGAGGAGAAGAUGUUUAACAUACAAACCAGACUUUCUGCAUGGUUAUCAUUUUACUGAUGAAUCACUUCUAUUGUCAUCUUUGUAUGAAAUACCUGUAGAUCUUUU